AUGUCGUAUUACCAAGCGCUAAUUUUUGUGUGUCUGUUUGGAAAUUUAGUCCUAAGAGAGACGACUUUCGCUCUGUUUUUGGAUGGCAAUAAAUUUUCUCUUUGUGACCAAAGUUCAACAUUACCAGGAUAUGGCAUUCUGGUUUCGCAUGGACAACCAUCAUAUGACCGUGGGACUGUAGUAAUAAAGUCGGCACUGAAUAAGUCCUUGGGUCUGUUUGCAAAUACAAGCUGCAUCUGGUCUUAUAAAGUACAAGGCAUCUUUAUUCAGAAAGAAGACGAAGUUAAACAUGGGUCAAAUAUAUCAUGGUUUUUUUCGAAAUCUGGUUUGCACAAAGUAUCUGUUACUGCGCAGUUUGAUAAAGAAACGAUAAAGAAUUGUACAUUUGUCAAUGUCACAGGUAGCACUCAUUGAGCACCAGGCAUUUGACAGAGUAGAUUACAAAGUCAGUUGCAAUGUGCCCUACUUUAUUAUUUUACUCUGUCUAAUGCCAGACGAUUUUACUUGUCAAGGGAAGUGGAUGAGGAGCACAGCUGGCUAUCUGCCCAUGUGUCUACUGUCUAGUUAACCCAUUAACUUGUAUUACACCCCCAAUGUGCCUACUUUAUUGUUAUACUCUAUCUAACGCCAGAUAAUCUUACUUGUCAAGGGAAGAGCACUGGCACUCAAUAAGUUAACCUAUUAAUGCACAAAUAAGUUUGGGGACAUAUUGCUGCCUUAAAUGGGUAAAAUUCAUAAUAUAAAAUGACCUAAACUGAUUGUUUGAGCUUAAAGCCCUGGGCAAACUAGGAAACAUUGUUGCGGAAACAUUGUUUCCUACCAAUGUUUCGCCAUGUUUCCCAGAGUGGGCAAACACUAGGAAACAUUAGUGAGAAACAGGAAAACAUCAAAUGUUUCUGAAUUUGGUAGGAAACAUUUUUGCUUCUCAGGAAGCAUUUUUGUUUCCGCAACAAUGUUUCCACAGGUGGGCAAACAUGGAAACAUUUGAGGUCUUUGAGGAAACAUCGAGAAUCACAAAUGUUUCCACAACAAUGUUUCCUAGUUUGCCCAGGGCUUAACUUACAUAUACAUAAAGUUUGGCACAUGAAUAGUUCUGCAUUUGAACUGAACCUUACUGCGCUUUCUUGUGACGAUUUCAGAUUGUUCUCGUAUCUCAAAAGUGAAGGUUUCAACAGCAACAGGGUCGUACAACAUAAGUCAGAACCACACCGACAUCACGCUGAACUCUCCGGGACUGGUCAAUUUCACCGUGUCAACUUUUACGAUCGACCCAUAUUUUGUUUGCAAACGUUUAUACUUUUUCUGGGAUUUUGGCGAUGGACACAACACAUCGGGAAAACAUGUUGAGCACCGUUAUAAUAACACUGGAAUUUUUUGUGUCGUUUUGAAGAUAUAUAAAGUUUUUAGAGAUGAUGGUGGAAAAGAGUUUAUUAGAAACAUUACAAUGAAAAUUCAUGUAAAAGGUUUGCUCUUUAACUGCAUUUUAUAUAGGGAUUUGCUGAUCCAGAAGCAUGUUCCCGGAGUUCCUUAGUCCCCGGCGUUCCCUAGUCCCUGGCCAGAACGGCAGAAGGCUACAAUCUGGUACCAUCCUGCAAAACAUUCUGUAAUAUGCCAUAUGUUGCUAAUCUAAGAUUUGUUACCUUUUUUUCUCAUUUCUUGUGCAAAGUACUAGGGGAUUUUUUAAAGAGGACUUUUAUGAGCUUUAAUUGCUCGAAUGGGUCUACCCAGUGUGACCAUGGAUUUGGUAAAAUAUUUUAGUUUAAUAAAUCCAUCUGUUUUAUAGGAAAACCUGAUGCAUCAAGCGAAAGCACAAACACUGUAGUCGAUGUCUCGUUGGUAUUGGCAAUAUUCUUUGUCUGUUUUGUGUUUGUCAUUUGCAUUGCUGCAUACUGGUUCCGAAGACGGCUGCACCGACACACAGAAGUGGCAAGAUUCGACUUCCGAGCUUCUGAAUUUCAGAGUGAUUUUGACGAACCGUGGCCUAGGAUAAGUUGUCAUGGUAAUAAAGGAUUUAUGUGCAGAAGAGGGAGUGAUGAACAUUUGUUAAAUUUUGAACAACGUGGACACUACUCAUCCUGUAGAAAGUUUGACGGCAAUAACCCUAAUGAAAAGCUUUGAUUAUGGUCUUGAUGGUACAAUAGGUUUAUAAUGAAUAACCAAAACUUGGAGGUACAUAUCGUCACCUCCAGUGUAGGUGUAGAUGUAAGGAACCUUACCCAAGGUUUACUUGGAUAUUUACUUUCACUGAUAACACUAGACCGGUCAUUUAUUAUGAUGGGGGGGGGGGGGGGAAACACCAAAGAGAAAUGUUUUCCUUGGUAAGAGUUUUGCUAAUCCAACCUUGAGUUGUUUUGUUUUUCAUUUAACUGACCAACCUUUUAAUUCUCUCAAAAUGUUGUUUUCCUAACCCUUUUCUCUUCGAUGCCUGCCCCCGCAAUAAAUAAUGACUGGUCCCUAACACCAAUUUUAAUUCACAACUUCAAUAUUCCAAACUUAGAAAACUUGUUAUGGAAAAACGUGAUUAAUUUCGACACAAGCUACUGGCCAAAGACAAUUCGUUUUGCAAUAAGGGUGGGGGUUAAUUUAAUUUUAUGAUUAGAUGAGGUAUAAAAAAAACCUGUAAAUAUAUAUAAUUUUUUAAUUAAAAUAUAAACAAACACUGGCAAAAAGGGUUUAUGAAUUAUUAUUAUUAAAUAAGGUAAAAAAUCUGCAAAUACGAAUAGAAUAAAAUCAUAAAAAGACAUGGAGUUCACUGGACCACAAGGCCUAGGAGUUAAAAUGGCGUCAUUAUUUGCGAAAAGGUCGAUUAACAUUGUUGUCACAAUCCAGUUACAUGCGAUCAGUGUUUAACCUCAAGCCAUUACAUUCACACUACAUGAAGUAUUGGACGUUGCUACGCGCGCAUUGUACGAUGGGAAAGAAUUUCUUUUCGUUCUUUUUAUUUUGAACCUUGUUGUCUGUGAAGGUGAGAUUUAUAUGAGUUUAAAUCCUUCGCAAUCGAAGGCUUUUCAAGUUGUCUUGCCUGCUGUUCUGGAUUAUUUAAAAAGUCUUAACAUUGGUUUACUAAAUUAGCCAUGUUUCGUUACGAAUGCUCCUAUUCGUGUGGUAUAAUCUGCCUCCAAAGUGAAGCGAUGUUCGUUUGAGUAAAGUAGUGAAUGAACUCGAGCUUCAUAGCGUUUUCCCAACUUGUGCAAAAGUUUUAUAGUUCGUGAGGCAUUUCACCUUUGUUGCAUUAAGACUGGAGUUUACUUUUUCUCACUAUAAUAUAUGAACAGAAAAAAAACAUUUAAUAGUAUUGUAUAAAUAGAAUUAUAAUAAAAGUGUUCAGACGAAAUUUGCAAGGUUGUUCAUUUAAAGGAUUUGUGCUAAAUAUACAUCGAGCAAGGAUAGGUCACAUUUAAUCUGCUGUGGUUUAAGUUUGAACUAGCUACUGAAGAAAAAUAAUAAAAGGACCCUUAGUGUAGAUUUCCAAACUAAUAUUUAUUGUCAGUGUUUCAAAAGAUUAGAUUGCCAUGCCACUAUCACAAUUUUGCUAUUAUUUUCUACCCACUGACAACAUUUUGAAAAACUUCAUACUGUACUUCACUGUCUCAAGACCAUAUUUUCUGUUUGAGCAAACCCUUCCUCUACUAAAUCUGAUGCAAAAAAUGUCGAAGUGUUUAACUCAUUGAGCUGCAGCACUCUCCCGUUGGCGAGUAAAAUGGUCUGGCAUUAGACAGAGUAAAAUAUGAAAGAAGGUGCAAUGCAUCUUAAAGGCUAGUUUCCACUCAGGAAAAUUAUCCGUGGAUUGGAACGGAAUGAGGCGUAAAAAAAAUUUAAAAAAUUCCGGUUUCAUAUCGUCAAAAAAUUAGGGUCGGUAGGUCGGAAAUAAAUUUUUUUUUUGAAUAUUUUUUUCAUGGUUUUGGCAGUUUUUUGCUGGGCGAUUUGCAGUAGAGUCCCGACAUCAAUAUUAACUAGAGAUGCGUAUUUCCUAUCGACGAAUUUAGGCAAUUUGGUUCAAUAAUUAGUGCGACAACAGACGCCAUUUUGGCACGCUGUACGAGCACCCUGCGACCACCAGUGGCACCUGGAGAAAAUAGGGUCGCACGGUCAAUCGCGUUGAAAAAAUAAUAGGGUCGGUCGGGAACCGGAACCACAGGUAUUUUUUUUUACGCCUGACUUUAACACAAAGAAAAAUUUUCUUAGUUCCAACCCAGAGCUCACAAGACAAAGAAAAAGUUUCUUGUCCGUUCCAAUCCACAGAUAAUUUUACUGAGUAGAAAUUAGCCUUAAUGGGUUAAAGUUGUUCAGGCAGUGCAUGACAACUUGUUGUAGAAUAUUACCCUACAGUGGACACUGUCAUGUUUGAAAUAUUAAUCUUGUAUGCUAUGUACCAGUGUACAUACUGCCAAUAUAAAGAAAGCUUAGGAUUGAUAGGGAUACACGCUGCCUAAAAAAUACACGGAGAACUUCGAUGUUUCGACUCUAAUGAAGGACCUUUGCUCGAAAUGUUGAAGUUUGCCUCAAGUGUAUUUUUUCAGGUACAGCAGUUAAAUCCUUAUCAAUUUGAAGAUUUCUUUUGAAAUGUUUUGGGUAUCCUAAACUAUUUGUAUUUGUUCCCUUCUAGCAGAAACAAUGAGAAUUAGUGUGCUAGCGGACGCUCUUGUGUCCAUUUGCAAUGCAGAGAAACGGGGGAAGCGACAAGUGUUGAUUCGACCAGCGUCGAAGGUCAUCAUCAAAUUUCUAACAGUUAUGAUGAAACAUGGUAUGUUUAGUUCCUAUUUCUUGGCAACCCCAACUGCAUGUUACCUCCCCCCUGCAAGUAAGCAUUAUCCCCGAUUUUAAUUAUCAAAUUUCUACUCUAACAGUACCCAAAUGAUUUUUGGUUUGUUAAUUAAAAUAGUAGAAUGUUUUUAAACAUGGACAAAAUUAAUGAAUGUGUUGAUUGUUCUAAUUCAGGAUAUAUUGGAGAGUUUGAAAUAAUUGAUGAUCACAGAGCUGGAAAAAUUGUUGUAAAUCUAAAUGGACGGCUAAAUAAGGUAUAAAUAAGGCUUAUAAAAACAAUUGUUCCAAUAUAAUGACUUUUAAGCCCCGUUUACACUACGCUCAAUUUUUGGUACAGCACAGAUGAAAUUGGUACCUGUACACUACCGUACCACUUUUUUGUUCUUGGACUUCCUAUAUUUUAAGCCCUGUUUACAAUUUUCCUCGAUUUUUGGUACCAUACCACUUUUUUGGUUCUACUAGUCCAAGAACCAAAAAAGUGGUACGGGUACCAAUUUUAUCUGUGCCGUACCAAAAAUUGAGUGUAAACGGGGCUUGAAUGUUAGUUCCAACGAAGGGCCUUCACUCGAAAUAUCAAAGUUCUUGUAUUUUUUCCUAUCAAUACGCACCUUGCUGAAUGACUUGCUUUUUUUAUAGUGUGGUGUGAUCAGUCCUCGAUUUGAUAUCUCUGUGCGAGACAUUGAGAAAUGGGCGACAAACUUGCUGCCAUCUAGACAGUUUGGGUCGCUUGUUCUGACGACAUCAAGUGGCAUUAUGGAUCAUGAAGAAGCCCGAAGGAAACACACAGGGGGAAAAAUUCUUGGCUUCUUUUAUUGA